AUGGCCGGCAGGGAAGUUCGUGAGUACACAAAUCUCACCGAUCCUAAAGACAAAAAACUGGGGAAAGGGAAGGAUAGAGUCGAUGAUGAAGAAAUUACUUUCCAGCGCAUGGUUGCCAAGAUGCAAGAGGUUGCUGGGGAGAGAGGCGGUUACCUUCAUGGGCGAGGCGCUUUGGACAGCGAUGAUUUACUUUAUCUGAAAGAGCAAAUGGAAGCUGAGGAAGAUGCAGAGCGUCUCCUACGCCCACCGGUGCCCUUGCCUCUUCGUGUUGAGCCCAAGCCAAAGAGUGGAAUCAGACAGCAAGACUUGUUGAAAAGGGUGGUGGAAGUAAAGCCAAAGCGGCGUAAUGUAUAUGCCAUUUCAGAUGUCAAUCAAUCCUCUCCAGCUCAGAGUGGACAGCCUCCUAAGAAAAAUCAUUCGGUGGUGUCCAAACACGAGAAAGAGAAAGUUGAGCCGCCCAAUUCGUUUAGUAAAGUGGGAGACGAGAUGAAAUCGGAUAACCCAGUUAAGAGUUUGCUGGCAGCAUAUCAAAGUUCUGAUGAUGACGAGGACUGA